CUUUAGUAAUUAUCCGUUCGUCGCCGAGUGUAGACGGUUAGGCGUGUUUCGUGUCCGUUGUUCUUUCGACGUAUUAAAGCGUGUGAGUGCGUGCGUGCGUUUGUGUCUCUUUCGCUCUCACCAAACACUUUGAUGUGUGUUUAUUUAUUUAUGCCGUUCUAUUGUUGUUACCUUUAUUACUCUGUUGUGUGUAUUUCCAAGCUUUUGCCGCUUGUUGUGGAUGAAAAAUGUUAGGCAAAGAUAUGCAAAAAUAAAUAAAAUACGAAAUUUUAGUUCGAAUGAUAAUAAUAACAAACGAAUAGCUGGAAAAGGUGAAUGAAUAAUCAAUGAAAGAGAGUGCAAAAAAGAAAGAAGUUAACAAAAGAAAAGAAUAAUGCUAGUUUUUGACAAGUGAUGUGUUUGGUUGGCGCUGUAGUGCUUUUUCCGUUUUAUUUGUUUCGUUGUGUAUCGUGAAGGCGGCCAGACAGACUACCUCCAGUGGUCGAUACCAAUAGCCUGGCUAGCAUAGCCCCUCCAUCAACGAGCUCCAAAAAAAAAGGUGUUAAUAAAAUGUUUCUACAAGCAUUGGAAAAAGAUUAAAAAGUGAUAAUUAUCCAUGUGUCGACACAUUGAAUGUUUGUGUGUGUGUGUGUAUUAGUAUUGUUGCAAAAAGGUAAAGGAAAAAAUUAACAAAAUCAUCAACGCCUGUCUGCGAAUGUGUUGCAAAACUCCAAUAAGUAAAGCGACGAAGACAAACUAAAGUUCUAGCUGCCAUAUCUAGCCAUUAUUAUCAUAGUUGUAUACGUAAAUAUUUCGUGCAUAUUUAUGUAAAGUGAAGAAAAAAAUGCGUCCGCGUUUAUGCAGUACAACAACAUGUCAAGUGAAUGUCUGUCAGUCACCUCGUCGAAUGUAAUGUAAACUCAACCGUCCGUCCAAAAUCCAACUUACUUUUGUGGUCGUCAGCCAAAGAAAUUCCAUUAAGCCAAGUGCAGAAAAUUCCAUUUAAUACCCCUUCAAAUAUUGACACAAAGUGUAUCACAUUGCCAGCUCUGCCUGCCUGUCUGCGUCCCCCACCUACCGCGUCGAUUAACGAAACCUCAUCAGCCGGCUGGCUGGCCGAGCAACCUCUACCGGCGAUAGAUAGUGAAAUGCCGUUUAAUUGUCAAGGGCCACAGCGGAGAACAGUAGCAGCGCUCAACCACUUCAAAGCCACCUGACUUCGAGCGGGCAGACAGGCCCGUCCUGGUGUUCGGUUCGUUGUUGAUACUUCUUAUCACAGCGCAAAGUGUGCGUAAUUCGUAACAAAUUCCGCGAGAAUUAAUUGAAAUUGUUUGCGUGUUUGUUGUUGUUGUAUGUGAUCAACUCUACACUUGUCGGCGUGUUGGUGUAUUUUCAUUGCCCGACCCGAUUUUUAAUUGAAAACAAACACGCAGUCAGUCAGACAGACACUCGUAGACGACGUCGACAACAACGACUACAACGCUAAUUAAAUAAUUUACACCCCAAAUUAGUGGUUAAUUUUUUCGGUUUUGUGUGUGUGUGUGUAUUCGUUUGUGAUAGCGUAUAGUGCGUGGGAGUGAGUCAUAACCUCCUUCCCACACCCAUCCAAAGAUAAGUUCUCUGCUGCACUAUGUCUAUGCGCAGCAAUAAAUUAAAUGCGGCGUCAAAUUUUGCUCAACAGCAGGCCGGCAACGAGCAGCAAUCGCAACAGCAACAACAAUUCUUGCCACCACCACAAUAUCAACAGCAGCAACAACAGUUGCUGGCCCAGUUGCAGCAGCAACACAAAUUCCAGCAACAACAUCAACAGCUUUCCCAAUCGCCACCCACCUCCCAAGCAUCGCAUCUCAUCAACAAUAGCCGCAACAACUUAGCCUCUUUGGUGGCAGCCAUCAAUGCCAAUGACCAUCAUCCAUAUGGUGGCGGGGGUGUUGUUGGUGGUGGGGGCACCAUCAAAGCCACAUCUCCCCUAAAUCCCCCACCAUCGUAUUCCGCUGCCAUAGCGCAGAAUUCACCAUUCCAGUACAUCAAUCAUUUUCAGCCGCCAUCGAACAAUGCCAAUGUCACGGACAUAAAUCCAAAUAAUAAUUCUUUGGUUCUAUCCUCGAACUCGGCCAUGCCGCAUCAUGAGUCCGAAGAUCCCGAAGAUGAUCAGCACCAGCAACAACAGCAGCAGCAACAGUUGUGUGUGGUGGCGAAAAUGCAAAAAUCCGUGACCAUAACCGUCACUCCACAGCGCAGCAAUUCCAUGGAUUAUCUGAAUUUCGAGGAAAAGCGUCAAUUGAUCGCUUCGUCGCUGUCACUUUCUGAUAUUCUGCACUGCAAUCAGCCGGGAAAUGUAAACGAAAACAAAGAUCAAUUGAUUGCUAAAAAACAAAACGGUGCUGCAUUGCGUACAAAUAGUUUAGGUUCUGGUACACGCACACCACCUUUGGAGCGUAAAAGCAAAUUGAGUGCUUUGGGCCGUUUCUUCAAACCGUGGAAAUGGCGGCGGAAAAAGAAAAGCGAAAAAUUCGAAGCAGCCUCAAAGUCCCUUGAACGCAAAAUAUCAGUACGUGCCAAUCGUGAAGAACUUGUUCAAAAAGGUAUUUUAUUACCGGAAAGUCCACUGGGGAACAUUCAAGAACCAGGUGAGGAUUCAUAUUUCAAUGAUUCAACUGCCGUUAGUAAUUCAACAGCGAAUGCGAACGGCUCGAUUCUAUCAUCGACCGUCCCAAAAAAUUCCAUUCUAGCCAAUGCCUCAACCGGCAAUGGCGGCAGUAGUAGUAUUAACGCUGCUCAACAGCAGCAGCAGCAGCAUCAGCAACAAUCGUCACACCAACAGCAAACCGCGUUGUCACAGCAAAUGACCAAUUCGUUGUCCUCGCUACAACAAUAUCAGGCCAAUGCAAUGCAAAAUGGAAGCAGUGGUGGUAGUAAUACCAACUCCACAGCUAAUGCCACCGGUGGCGGGGUAACUCCCACAAUGGGGGGUGGCCAGGCGACCCACAUCACAAACAAUACAAAUUCCGGCGGUAACGCAACAGACGCAUCAUCAUCAUCCUCGUCCAGUGGGGGCAAUAGUGGGGCGCACUCCUCACCCUUGUUGGGUGUGGCCCAGCCCCCACCACCCUUGACACCAUUGGCCCAGCAUCAUCAAGCGUUGGCGCAACAGUUGCAACAACGAUUUGCCAUCAGCAAUAAUAACGAACCCAGAAAAGACAAGACUGAUGCACAGCACGGUGGUAAUGGUACCCUGUCCCCAAAUACCGAACAGCCACCAUGUCAGGGCUCUAUGCUGCCUCCACCAGGUGGCGGCACUGGAGGCUCUCAACAAAAUCACUCACAUAUGGUUAGUGGCCGUGAUCAACAUGAUUCUCAUUCACAGAAUUCCAAAAUGGAAAGACCCAAUACAUUGGGCACCAACAAAUUGGCCAGGCGUGUUAAUGUCUGCUACGAACACUAUCCCGACGGCUCUUCAGGAAAUUCCAUGAUGGGUGGCCCACCCGGUAGUACGCCCCCACCAUAUGCGGAUGCAGCCGGCCACCAUCACCACGGUGGAAAAAUGGUUGGCGGUGUUAUGCUGUCCGAAUUGCCCGAACCUCCAAUACCAUUGUCGGAAAUUGGACCCAUCCCACCGCCUCCAAUGUUUUCGACGCCAUCGCCAACAUUAGUGGCUGGACGACCGCAUGGGCCGGGCGCUGUCAAUGACAAGGAUUAUCAGCCAUACGAUGAUUAUGAUAACGAUCACGAUCAUGAUGAUAACGAUUCCGAUAAUGAUUACAAUUAUCAACAUUAUCCAAAUCAUAUCGAUACACAACGCAUUGAGGAAAUUCCAGCCAAAGAGCCCAAACCAAAUGCAGUUCCUCUCAAAUCGGCCCUCAAAAAGAAGCCCGGCCACAAUGUCAACUCUUCAUCGUCGCCAGCCACGCCCGUGCAGGAUCAUACGAAUGCCAAUGGUACAUUGCCACAAGGAGCUGGAAAUUCCAGUGGUGGCGGCAGCGGCGGUGGUGGCGUCAACAGCAGCAACAACAGUGGUAUGGGCAAUAAUUCUAGCCAUACCUCAACCAGUCAUCAGCGUCCAUUGGUAGUGAGACAGGAUGCUACCAAUAGUUAUAAUUUAAAGCCCAUUCUACGACCACGGAUUAGAAUAUGUAGGCAACAAAUGUUCAAUAUUAAUCUGCCAUGCACCAUGGAGAACAAGGAAAACACUCGGCCAUUUGUGAUACGCGAGAACAGCAGUGAUAGCAGCGAUGAUGACAACUCACGCAUUCUCUAUCGUGAUGAUGACACAUCACGUCAGGCGAAAAUCGCCCGCAAGGAGUCGCUCUCAUUGAAGCUGCAAUUGCGUCCGGACAAGCAGGAUCUAAUCAAUCGCAACAUCUUGCAUCCCGUCAACGACAAUGAUGUCAAGGAGUCGAAAGAAGCCAUUGGUGCACGUCUCAUUAGGCGCCUGUCGAUGCGGCCGACAGCCGAUGAAUUGGUGGAGCGUAACAUAUUAAAGACACAAACACCCGCCGAAGAGAAAAAACAGAAAGAAGAAAAGAAAUCUUAUUUAUUGCGUAAAUUAAGUUUUCGACCCACCGUCGAGGAGCUUAAGGAAAAGAAAAUCAUCCGAUUCAAUGAUUAUAUCGAAGUGACUCAGGCCCACGACUACGAUCGUCGAGCUGAUAAGCCAUGGACAAGACUGACACCAAAGGACAAGGCUGCCAUACGCAAAGAGCUAAAUGAAUUUAAAUCAUCGGAGAUGGCGGUACACGAGGGCAGUCGACAUUUGACAAGGUUCCAUAGGCCAUGACAAUUGCAAUGGCAACAGAAAUUAUCGAUAAAAAAUCCAUACCCAACAAAAUUUUGUGCAACAAAAUAUAAAAAAUUUUAAAACAUCAAUAAAAGUUACAACAAGAAGAUAAAAAAUCUACCAAAAAAAUUGUAAAAUUACGCAGAAAAAAUAAUUAACAAAAAAAAAAAGGAUAGAGUCAGCAAAAGAAACAACAACUCAAGAGAUAUACUUGGAAAUGUAACAACAUUAACUAACAAUUUUGGGUUUCAAGAAACAGCAGCAGCAACUCAUCACAUAAAAAUAUACAUCACCAAAACGAGGAUAUGAAGAAGUACUUUUCAACACAUGGCAGUGUGGUUUUAGCACGUGGGGACGAAAAUGGUAUUUCUGGCGCAACAGUACCGAUACAGAAUCGAGAUCAUCUUUGAGACAAUUUUUUUUAAAAACUUUCAUCAUAAAUGGAUUAUCGUAGUCAUACAUUUAUGUGUAUUUAUUUGAAAUUUCAAUUUAUAAAUAGUUAUUGUAUUUGUUAAUAUAUACUAUAUUGACAAUUGUUUGUUUAAUUUGAGAAUAGAUUUGGGUUACCAUUAACAAAUUGGUAAUUAUCACAACUUACAGAUAUGUUUAUAAUUAUUAAUAAAAGAAAAUAAGUAAUUAAUAUUAUUUAAUUUUUUGUUCGUGUCAAUAAAACAGUAAUCCAAUGCUAUUUUGUUCCUGUAACACAAACAUUCGUAGUGGAGUUGAUCUUGAUACGUUGCUCAAAAGCCACCAUUGGAAUUGUCAAACUCGUGUAUUAUGUACGUUUAAUGUUGACAAUUCUAUUGCUAAUAGAUAAAUUUCUAUUCAUUAGGAACGGAAAUCAUUAAUUUGGUUCGAUCAUUCACGUUUUUUUUUUUCACACAUUUUCUAUGCCAAAUAAAUAUUCCUUUAUUUAUGAUAGUCUUUCGAAAGUAACCAUGGUCAUCCUCUCCAUGUGUGGGGUCUUCUUUAUAAAGAACAACAAUAAAACUCAAAAAAGUUGUUUGUAAAUCUAAGCUGAAUUUUAGUUUUUGGAAAUGAAUGUUAAUAGCAAAUUAACAUGUAAACAAAAUUCCAUUAAUAUUAAAGCUGAUAUUUAUACAAAAAAUAAGAAAUUUAAAUUAAUUUUAAUAAAAACAAUAUUUAAUAUUAAACACACAAAAUAUUAUGGAGUCAACCUAAAAAAUAUUGUUAACAAAAGAAAACAAAACGUAGUGAGAAAACAAUAAUCAUCCCACUUUAAAAUGAAAUCUUUUGAAAAGAAAAACAUUAUAAACCGAAGAAAUUAAAAAAAGAAAUGUACUAAAAUCCAGUAAAACUCCCCUAUAAACAGGUAAACAUUAGUUUUGAAAAUCCAAAAGUAACAAAAAACACACACAAAGAUAAUUAAAAAUGAGCAACAAUUGCUUAUAUGCAAUCGCUUACCAAAAGUACAUUGUAAAUAUUAAAGGUUUGUCUUUCUUUUAAAUUAAAAUAUUUUUUAGUAAUUAAUUCUAAAAUUAAAAAAGUUACGUCUUAUAAUUAUAUAUAUGUAUGUUUUGCAAUUGAAAAAAAAAACAAUUCUGUUUU